AUGAAGGAGAUAAGCGACAAUGACUAUGCAUACGCAAAAGAGGUAUGGGAUGUCAUUACCCCAGAGGGUAAUAACGUCACAAUGGGGGACUACCAUGAUAUCUACCUGACCAUAGACGUCCUGCUAUUGGCCGGCGUCUUCGAGACAUUUCGGGGCGUCUGCUUGGACAAUUACAGCCUUGAUCCUGCUCAUUUCUACUCCGCAAACGGCCUGGCAUGGAAGGCUGCCCUGAAAUUUACAGGUAUAAGGCUAGAGCUCCUUACAGAUCCCGAUAUGCUCCCCAUGUUUGAGAAAGGUAUCCGGGGAGGCAUAACACAGGCUGUGCAUCGAUAUGCCAAGGCUAAUAAUAAGUACAUGGGAGACCAGUACGAUUCGGAGGUUGAAUUCUCCUACCUGCAGUAUCUCGAUGCCAACAACCUAUAUGGCUGGACGAUGCGCCAAGACUUGCCAACGGACGGCUUCAAAUCGGUAUCAAACGUCGAGGCAUUCACGGAAAGGCGGAUCGGAAAGUUCGUUGAGGAUAAUAAACAUGGGUACAUCUUAGAGGUAGAUACUGACUACCCGGAGGGACUACACGACAAACAUAACGAGCUGCCGUUCCUACCUGAACGCAGGACGGUACACAAGGUCGAGAAAUUGGUGCUGAAUUUGGAAAACAAGCGCAAAUACGUGGUCCAUAUAAGAGCCCUUCACGAAGCUAUAAAACAUGGGCUUGAGCUCAAGCAAGUGCGCAGGGUCAUCCGAUUCAAUAAAAAGGCAUGGUUGAAGGGAUAUAUCAAUCACAACACGAGGCUGAGAACGGCUGCCAAAAAUGAGUUCGCAAAGGAUUUCUAUAAACUCAUGAAUUUAAGUGUAUUCGGUAAGACGAUGGAGAAUAUCCGGAAUCACUGCAACAUCCAACUGGUCACCAAGGAGAAGAAGUACACGAAACUUGUGAGGAAACCGAACUUCAAAGGUGUAAACAGGUUUAGCAAGCACCUCCUAGGUGUUGAGAUGGGCAAAACUAAGGUCAAGAUGAAUAAGCCGGUGUAUGUAGGCCAGGCCAUCCUGGACAUGUCAAAAAUGGUGAUGUAUGAGUUCCAUUAUGACUACAUGCAGCCCAAAUAUGGUAGCAAGCUCCAACUCUGUUACAUGGACACGGAAUCGUUGGUAUAUUACAUUCGAACCAACGACUUUUACAAGGAUAUAGCCAACGAUGUUGAGGCACGCUUCGAUACGAGCGCGUAUAAUCCCGAUGAUGGAAGGCCCCUCCCAAUAGGAAAAAAACAAGAAGGUGGUGGGCUUGAUGAAGGAUGA